AUGAAGAGCAGUGUAGUCCCGACACACACGGACCUGAACACCUCAGCUUCGUCCAGGACCGACCUGGGAUCUUCUCCCAUGAUGCCUCGGGUGUCUCUCUCCGCUCCCUCGCUGUUCCUCGCCGCGCUGCCCUCCCUCCCCCCCACGGUCCGAGACGCAGACGUCCCCCCACUGUUUCGGGAGCCCUUCAUCCUGUCCGGGUACCGCCCGCCGGGGUUGCCGUGGCGAUGCUACGUCCUCAGUCUCUUCCAGAUCCACAACGAGACGCUCAGCGUGUGGAGCCACCUGCUGGCCGCCGUCUGCGUGGCGCUCAGGUUCACCGGUCCUGAAGGCCAGGGGUUUUCUGUGGACGUGGCCUCGCUGCCACUGGUCCUCUACGCUUUCUCUGCCGUCACGUACCUGAGCUGCAGUGCCUCGGCUCACCUGCUGCAGUCCCACUCGGAGUCGGCUCACUACUCGCUGUUCUUCCUGGACUACGUGGGCGUGGCCAUCUACCAGUACGGCAGCGCUCUGGCUCUGUGCCUGUACAGCUCCGACACCGCCUGGAUGCAAAGCAUGCUGGGACAGGUCUUCCUCCCUGCCGCCGCCAUGCUGGCCUGGCUCUGCUGCACCGCAAGCUGUUACGCGAAGGUUCGAUUCCGGCGCCCGUACCCGCCGCGUAGGAAGCUGUGCCAGGUGCUGCCGAUGGGCGCGGCCUUCCUGCUGGACAUCAGCCCCGUGGCUCACCGGCUGGCCACGCACAGCUGGAGCAGCAGCCCUGCACUGGCGCUGCACUGCCUGCAGGUGGUGCUGUUCCUGCUGUCGGCCUUCUUCUUCUCUUUCCCCGUUCCCGAGCGCUGUUCCCCCGGCGACUACGACAUCGUCGGCCACGCCCACCAGCUCUUCCACUUCCUGCUGUGCGGCUGCACGCUGGCCCAACAGGAAGCGCUGCUGCAGGACUUCCUGUGGCGGCGGCCGGCCCUGCUCCGCGUGUUUGGGGAGCAGCGCCUCCUGCUGGCCUGCGCCUCCUUCCCGCUGCUGGCGCUCUGCUGCUCGCUGACCGCGCUCGCCAUGAGGAGGCUCAGCUCGCCAUGA